AUGGACGCCAUUAAGAAGAAGAUGCAAGCUAUGAAGCUCGAGAAGGAUAAUGCUCUCGAUCGUGCUGAUGCUGCUGAAGAAAAAGUUAGACAAACCGCUGAAAAACUUGAACGUUGUGAGGAAGAACUUAGAGAUACACAAAAGAAAAUGAUGGCUGUUGAGAAUGAUCUUGAUAAGUACAUGGAAGAUUUAAAUACCGCCAAUCAACAACUUGAAGAAAAGGAAAAGAAAGUCCAAGAGGUAUGUUUUGGUAGUAGAAAAAUAAAAAAAAUAGUUAUAUAA